UGGCCCCUUCCCCAUUUAUUAUUUAUAGCUUCUAUAGUUUAAUGUUCAUCAUUGAUACACCACCAAAAGCUUUCAUCUUUAUAUGACAGAUCACAUAGAUGAUUUCUUAAAUGCUUUCCCUAUCUCAACCACCCCUUUUUGUUUGGCUCCAUGAAAGCUGUUCCUUCCAUUCUGUCAAGAACUUCAUUUCUUGAUAUGGCUGAUUCGAAUUAUUAAGCUAUAACUGGUAGCGAAUGCGUAACUUUAUUUCUUAAUACUGCCACGAGAGAUUUUUCCUGUGAUUCCAGCAAAAGUCUGAGAAAAUGGGUGAAGAUUGUGGGAAAAACGGGGGCGAAAACUUGUCUGCAGAAGAGUGGCUAGUGAAAGCACAGCAGCUUGUUCCUGAGGCUCUAAAGAGGGCUAGAGAGGUGAAAGGAUUUCCAGGGAGGUGGAAGAUGAUUGUUUCGAAAUUGGAGCAAAUCCCUUCAAAGUUAUCAGAUUUGUCAAGCCAUCCAUGCUUCUCCAAGAAUGCUCUCUGCAAAGAACAGCUGCAGGCAGUGUUGCAGACACUGAAUGAAGCUAUGGAGAUGGCUGAGAUAUGUGUGGGAGAAAAGUAUGAGGGAAAGCUUCGAAUGCAAAGCGAUUUGGAUGCUUUAUCUGGGAAACUGGAUUUGAAUUUGCGCGAUUGUGGGCUGUUGAUCAAAACAGGAGUUCUUGGGGAAGUCACUUUCCCAGCAGAGGCUGAUUCAGGGGAUUUGAAUUUGAGAGAAUUGCUUGCCCGGCUUCAAAUCGGGCACUUGGAGGCGAAACACAGAGCGAUCGAUUGCCUUUUGGACGCCAUGAAAGACGACGAGAAGAGUGUUCUUGCUGUUCUAGGGCGCAGCAAUAUUGCAGCCCUAGUUCAGCUCCUAACCGCUACUUCUCCCAAAAUGAGAGAGAAAACGGUAACUGUGAUAUGCUCGUUAGCGGAAUCGGGGAACUGCGAGGAUUGGCUGGUUUCGGAAGGCGUUCUCCCGCCGCUGAUCCGCCUGGUGGAAUCCGGCACCGGUUUGGGGAAAGAGAAGGCCGCGAUUUCUCUCCAGAGACUCUCGAUGUCGCCGGAAACGGCUCGCUCGAUCGUCGGCCACGGCGGCGUUAGGCCGCUGAUUGAUAUUUGCAGAACCGGCGAUUCUGUCUCUCAGGCCGCCGCCGCUUGCGCCUUGAAGAACAUCUCCGCCGUGCCGGAGGCGCGGCAAGUGAUGGUUGAAGAAGGCAUAAUCAAAGUCACGAUCGAUCUCCUCGACGGCGGCAUUCUUCUCGGCGCAAAAGAGUACGCCGCCGAGUGCCUGCAGAAUCUCACCUCCAGCAACGAUAGCCUCAAACGAUCCGUCAUCUCCGAGGGCGGAAUCCGCAGCCUCCUGGCGUAUUUAGACGGCCCGCUGCCGCAGGAAUCCGCCGUCGGCGCGUUGAGAAACCUAAUCAGCCAUGUCGCCAUGGAUUCCCUGGUUUCUCUGGGAAUCAUUCCGAGACUAGUUCACGUCCUGAAAUCCGGCUCCAUUGGAGCCCAACAGGCCGCAGCUUCAGCUAUAUGCAAAAUCUGCACUUCCACCGAAGCGAAAUCCAUCGUAGGCGAAGCAGGAUGCAUCCCUCUUCUGGUGAAAUUGCUCGAGGCGAAAGCGAAUAGCGCAAGAGAAGUUGCAGCGCAAGCCAUUGCUAGCCUGAUGAGUGUUGCGCAUAAUUGCAGGGAGAUUAAGAAGAUGGAUAAGAGUGUGCCGAAUUUGGUUCAAUUAUUGGAGCCGAGCCCGCAAAACACAGCCAAAAAGUAUGCAGUUUCGUGCCUUGCGUUGCUCUCCUCGAGCCACAAAUGCAAGAAGCUGAUGGUUUCGUAUGGGGCGAUUGGGUACCUGAAGAAGCUCUCUGAAAUGGAUGUUCCAGGUGCCAAAAAGUUGCUCCAGCGUUUGGAGAGAGGGAGACUCAGAAGCUUGUUUACCACAAAGCUAGUGUAAUGUAAUCCCCAACUGUAUGUGUUUGAAUAAUAUUUCAUAUUACUUCUAAUGGAAAAUGCUUAUUUCCUGUAUGUGUUU